AUGAUGGACGAAAAGAACAAUAAGCACCGUACUCUAACAAAAUCACACAGCUACCAUAAUGAUGCCGUGCCUACAAAAAAAGUAUCUUUUGCUCAAGAUGUUGCAUCCCACUCCAACAAAAAGAAACAUUCAAGUACGAUUGUAGAAGAUGAUCAUAUCCCACUUGCUCUCUUGGCCUAUAAAAAGGGCUAUUGUAACCAUUCUUCUCCUAUGUUGAUGACUACCUCUUCUAUCAGCAAUGUGGAGCGACCAAAGCGAACAAUGAGCCGUCUUUCAAGUUCAAUCACUAUUUCGUACGACGAAAGAGACAAUAAGCCUCUUUCAAGUUCAGAGUUUCCCCGAAUGUCUAGUCUGAUUAUAGCAGAUCCAAAAGCAGAACGUCGCCGACAUCGGCUUUUACAGUCUAAGCAACCCAAACGAAAGCAGCGCCCAAAAUCAACACCAUCUCAACACACUUCUUCCGAGAACAAUAAGCGAAAAAAGACCGCCAUUGAUACUUCUGUUCCUCCUCCUCCUCCUCCCACUCCAAUAACAAAGAAGAAGAUUUUUAGUAAUAGCUGGCUUGUCAUUUCUUUACGUAAACUUGUUGCAAAAUAA